UUGAGCAGCAAACGCGCAAACUUUUGGUGAUCGCACAUUGCAGAAAGUCUGCUCGUUAGGACAUUCUUUGGGGGAUUUCAGGAGGGGUUGACUAAGAUUAGUGUCUUUGUGCUUUUUCACGUGAAAGAGCCUUUAUAAGGCGUCGUUUUGCAGCAGACGGUGGUGCGUUACACGGGAAAAGGACUUGGUAUUUUUAUGCAAAAGUUUGAUUUGUGUACUUCAACAUGGCAGCGUAUUCAUUACCGGAGGGAUUCACGGAGUUUGAUAUGUUUACAUACGGCUCAGCGCUUCUUGUUGGGGGUCUGCUUGGAUUUCUCCUAAAUGCUAUCAGCAUCUUGGCUUUUGUCAGAGUGAAGGAGUUGCGAACUCCCAGCAACUUCUUUGUGUUCAACCUGGCUGUGGCUGACCUCUUAUUGAAUAUUAAUGGACUCACAGCUGCGUAUUCGAGCUACCUCAGAUAUUGGCCAUUUGGUCAAAAUGGAUGUGCCUUUCAUGGUUUUCAGGGCAUGAUAGCGGUCCUUGCCUCCAUCAGUUUCAUGGCUGCCCUCUCUUGGGACAGGUAUCACCAGUACUGCACCAAACAGAAGCUCUUCUGGAGCACCACGGUGACGAUGACCGUCAUCAUCUGGGUUCUGUCCAUCUUCUGGGCUGCUGUUCCUCUCAUGGGAUGGGCCGCCUAUGACUUUGAGCCUAUGAGGACCUGCUGCACACUGGACUACACCAGAGGGGACAGGGACUAUAUGACCUACAUGCUGACCCUGACGCUGCUCUACUUGUUGUUCCCAGCUUAUAUCAUGAUGUCAUGUUACGACGCCAUCAACAAGCACUUCAAAAAGAUCCAUCACCACAGGUUUAACACCAAGGUGCCGUUGAGGGUGAUGCUGAUGUGCUGGUGCCCCUACGUCGCCAUGUGUGUCUACGCCUGCUUCGAGAACGUGACCGUCGUAUCUCCCAAGCUAAGAAUGGUGCUUCCAAUUAUUGCGAAGACAAACCCCUUCUUCAACGCUCUCCUCUACUCGUUUGGAAACGAGUUCUACAGAGGCGGCGUGUGGCACUUCCUCACCGGAGCGAAGAUUGUUCAACCGGAUAUUAAGUCAAAGCUAAAAUAAAAGGAAACUCAACACAUUCUGACAAGAGUCCUAAACAAACAUUUGUCUUGUUGUAAACAUAAUUAAGCUCUGAUGCCUGUACAGUUGUUAUAUUUUCAUGUGUGGACUGACAGCUGAAACUCAUGACAAUCCCUGCAUUUUUGACACCUGAGUAAGAUUUCUGUACAUUAGCUAAACGUUUUGCAUGUAAUGUAAUAACUUUCAAAUGACUGCCAUCUGCAAUGUGUCUUUAAUCUGCUCCCCCUACAUGUUAGACCACUUACAAUAAACACUUUGUA